AUGAUGGCCAUGAACGCCAAGCAACCAUUCGCCAUGCACGCCCUGCAGGAGCCCAAGUUCUCCGGGCUGCACUCCGGCGCGGAGGCGAUGCGCAGGGUUUGCCUCCCGGCCCCGCAGCUGCAGGGCAAUAUAUUCGGGAGCUUCGAUGAGAGCCUGCUGGCCCGCGCCGAAGCUCUGGCCGCCGUCGACAUCGUCCCCCACGCCAAGGGCCACCACCACCACCCCCCGCCCCCCUUCAAGCCCGACGCCUCCUUCCCCGCCAUGAGCGGCGUCCCCUGCCCUGCCGCCCUCCCGCACCCGCACCUCGCCGCCCACCCGCACCCGCUCCCGCACCCGGCGCUGGACGGCGGCGACCUGCUGGACCACCUCUCGCCCUCGCUGGCCGUCGGGGGGCUGCCCGAGCCCACCGCCCUGCCCGCCCCGCUGCCGCCGCACCCCCUGGCCACCGCCGGCCCCUUGCCCGUGGGGGUGGGUCCCCCGGGGGGCCCGGCGCCCCCACCCGUCACCCCCGAGACCGAGGCGGACCCCCGGGAGCUGGAGGCCUUCGCCGAGCGCUUCAAGCAGCGGCGGGUGCGGCUGGGGGUGACCCAGGCAGACGUGGGGGCGGCCCUGGCGGCGCUGAAGCUGCCCGGGGUGGGCUCGCUCAGCCAGAGCACGAUCUGUCGCUUCGAGUCGCUGACCCUGUCGCACAACAACAUGUCGGCGCUGCGGCCGGUGCUGCAGGCCUGGCUGGAGGGGGCCGAGGCGGCCCAGCGCGACCGCACCGACGGCCCCGACCCGCUGCUGGCCGGCACCGAGCGCAAGCGCAAGCGGACCUCGAUCGCUGCCCCGGAGAAGCGCUCGCUGGAGGCGUACUUCGCCCUGCAGCCCCGGCCCUCCUCCGAGAAGAUCGCCGCCAUCGCCGAGAAGCUGGACCUCAAGAAGAACGUGGUGCGGGUCUGGUUCUGCAACCAGCGCCAGAAGCAGAAGCGCAUGAAGUACUCGGCCGUGCACUGA